UUGGUGGGCGUGACUUAGGCAGUGUCGUGGCCUUUUGUGUGGCCUGGGCAAAUUAUGCUAUGCUGUCAUCAGACAAAAAUAAAGCUGAUGUUGCAUGCUAUUCACAUGUUUCGCAGCCCAGCCUGACGCUUUAAGUUGCUGUUCCUGUUCAGCUAGCGCUAGGUAGAACCUAGCUAGCUUCACGUAGCUGCCCUAGCGGCCCAGAAGUCACUGUCAAAGUCAUUUUUGGAGAGUCAACAAUUGCAAGAUGUAUGGCUUGAGGUGUCUGAAGACUGCCAAGGCAGUCCCUCUGAAAGAGAUAGACGUCCAAGUGGACAUCAUUGGAUACGUAUCCAAUGUGACGUCUUCUCUGGAGUACCAGAAUGAAGAAGACAACCCUAUCGAGGCAGUCUUUGUGUUUCCGCUGGACGAGUCGAGCGCCGUGUACAAGUUUGAGGCCCUCAUUGAAGGUCGCAGGGUCAUUGGCAAGGUCAAAGAAAAACAGAAGGCGCGGGAAGAAUAUGACGACGCCAUAGCUAGCGGGGAGGGCGCCUUCCUCUUAGAAGAGGACGACCGCGCCGGGGACGUGUUCAAGUGCAGCGUGGGAAAUCUGCCGCCCAAAACGUCGGCUACCAUCCGGCUGAGCUACGUGUCAGAACUGCCGGUGGAGGCCGACAGCUCCCUCAAGUUUGUACUCCCAGCUGUUCUCAACCCACGCUACUCAUCCGGUACAGGAGCUGGGGUCUAUGAUGACACCUACAUGGCUGGGCCGACCGCUGAUGUUUUGACCUCUGACGUUCCUUACGUGCUCAAGCUCAAGGUCAAUGUGUCAUCUCCAAACUCCAUUGACAAGAUCGAGUCCCCGAAGUCUUCCCUUGACGUGACAUAUGGAGGAACUUCUGCUCAGGUGACUCUGAAGGAUGACCACAAGUUUGACUCGGAUGUGGAGCUCUACGUCCACUAUAAGGACAAACACAGACCAUUUGCUGUAACUGAGCUGGGACAAGGAACAGAAGGCUUCAUGGCUGAGCACACGGUCAUGCUGACCUUUGUACCCGACCUUUCCCGCGAUGACCUGGUCACCACCUGCGGAGAGUUCAUCUUCAUCCUGGACCGCUCCGGGAGCAUGAGCGGCUCCAAGAUCAAGAACGCACGAGAAACCCUGCUUCUGUUUCUUAAGAGCCUUCCUGUUGGUUGUUACUUCAACAUUGUCGGAUUUGGGAGCUCGUACAAGACCUUAUUCAACAACAGUAAACAGUACGACAACAAGAGCCUGAAAACAGCCUGCAAGGCCCUGAAAGAGAUGGAGGCAGACUUGGGAGGAACUGAGAUCCUCCAACCGCUACAGUUUGUGUACAAACAACCUGCGAUAGAAGGGCAUCCUAGACAGCUGUUCCUGUUGACUGAUGGAGAAGUAUGGGACACACAAGCAUGUGUAAGGGAGGUGGCGAAGCAUGCCGACUCUGCGAGGUGCUUCUCUGUGGGGAUCGGUGAGGGUGCGUCCACCGCACUGGUCAAGGGAGUGGCCAGAGCAGGGCGAGGCAAGGCCGAGUUUGUGUCAGGAACAGACAGACUGCAGGCAAAGGUGAUGCGGCUGCUCAGCUGUGCCCUUCAGCCGACAGUGACAGGUGUGGGCUUGACCUGGCAGCUGCCUGAUGGGGUGACAGCUGUGCCCAUCCCCUCCACACCCCCACCUAUCUUCAGUGGGGACCGCUUCAUCAUGUAUGCACAGCUACAGGGACAGCUGCCGGUGGCUGGUACAGAAGGGUCGGUCACCCUGAGUGGUCAGGGUCCUUCAGGAGGAGAUCACACACACCCUGAACCCGACCUUACAGCCACAGGACCAGGACAUGCCGAGUGCAGAGGACAGCAGCUUGAGGUAAAUCUGGAAAAGGAUGGCGAUAACACAGGCUCGGACAGCGAUGAGACCGUCUCAGACUCGGCCAAGAAACCGAUCGUCGACCUCAGCGUGGCAGCCAACGUGGUGUCAAAGUUCACGUCCUUUAUCGGCGUGGACAGCGAGCGGGGAGAGCCGAUAGAGGGCGCGAUGAUACGGCGUAACAUCCCUCGACAUGCCCCUCUGAUGAUGAGGAGUUGUGCCUAUAGCAUGUCACCAGCAGGUGCAUCAGGGGGCUUUUUCGCUGGUGUCCGUAGGCUGGUAGGAGGUGGUCGAGGACCAAGAGCUGCAGGCAUGCCCAUGGUUAUUUCAGGUGCAGGAAUUAGGCUGAGCGGUGGUGGUGGUGGGCCCAGUCCGAACGCAGGGAGGUCACAGAUGAAAAGGGCCGCCAUGAAAGGGCGCCCCAUAAUGAAGAAGAAGGCAAAGUCUACACCUAGAACAUCAUCAGGAAAGCCAGCAAGAGCUCUCAAAUCUCGAGCACCCGCUUAUGAUGAUGAUGAUGAUGAUGAAGAGGAUUCAGAAGAAGAAGACAGCGCCACUCCCUCAACUGUCAUCCCGCUACAGAUGGCUGAAGGAUCAUGGGAACUGGAUGGUCACUUGGCGGCUGUUCUAGGACUGAAGUUGGACAGACUAAAAAAGGAGUGUCCUGUACAGGACAAGGCAGUGUGGGCCACAGUGCUGGCUCUGGUCUGGCUCCAUUCCAAAAUGGCGGACAAGAAGGUUGAAUGGCAGAUGCUGGCUCGCAAGGGGACGGCCUGGCUGAAGUCCCACCAGCAGGGGUGGUCCGCUGACGAUGUCGUGGGGAAGGCGUGCAGUAUUCUGGGGGCAAAGGUCGAGCCCAGUGCCAUCCUUGGCUGAACAAUUCCAUCUUGUGAUUAGGCCACACCAAUUUAAUUUGUUGCUUCUCGGAUCGCCCUGUCCAUUUUUUUCUGAUUUACAAAAAAAGAAUUUGG